CUGAAUAUCCAAAUCCAAAGCCCUGCAGCAAUCAACUUCUUGUAAGUCGACAGCAUAGAGAACUACGAAUCUGUCCAAGUCUUGAUCAACACAUCACUGCAGCUUAAAAAAACACAAAAUUUGUAAGCUAGUGAUCUGAUUUCUAUUCCUAAAAUGAUCAAAAUAAAGUAUCUGACCUGCAAGCAGUCCACUUAUAAUCUAUUCCUGUAAUGUUGGCGUGCAUAGCUUCCUGUACAUCCCGCCUCAAAUCCUCCCUCGCCUGCCGCCCCGCCGCCUUCCUCCCCCACCCCCACCUCCCCCUCUCCGUCACCUCUGACUCCGACGAACACUUCCUGGAGGCUCACCACGCCUUCGCAUCACCGGUGUCGACGUUCCUCAGCCGGGCUUCCGCCCUGCAGAACGAAUCAAAGAAACCGGCCGACGGCUGACCAACUACGCUAGGCAGUUCAAUGUUCCGUUCGAUUACCAUGAGAUUGCUUGCAACUAACAGAAUCUGCAGCCAGAGGAUUUCUCCAUCGAAUCCGACGAGGUGCUCGCUGUGAAUUGCAUGUACCGACUACGCAACCUUGCUGACGAGACGGUGUCGCUGGAAAGCCCGAGCGAUCAAGUUCUGCGCACAAUCAGAAAGCUGAAUCCGAAUGUUUUUGUGCUCGGAGUAGUGAACAUAACAUACAACGCACCGUUCUUUGUGACGAGGUUCAAGGAAGCUCUUUUCCACUUCUCUGCUCUGUUCGAUAUGCUGGAGACGAAUGUGGAGAGGGAGAAUGAGCAAAGGAGGCUGCUUGAGAUUGUCAAGGAAGGCGACGAUGAUGGUGGCGUAGCAGAAAGCCUCACGCACGGCCCGGCAGUGAGUGCCGAAGUGCCGGUUUGGCGUCGAUCAAUGACAUAGAUUGCACCGUCACUUCUCGGCUCCCUCGUCGUCGUUCGACUUCGUUCAUUCGCACGAGAGCAGGUUCUCGAGCAAAUAAUUUGAAACCC